UUAGCUUCUUUGGUAUAAGAAUUCUUUCAUCAUUUUGUUAAUGAAAAUAAUGUUUUUGCGAUCAUUCGAGUGACCGCUGGUGAAUUUAAUCCAGUGAUUUUUCGUUAUUUGACAGUUGUUUUUUCAAUUGCUAGUGAUACCGGGCAAUUGAUAUUGUGACUGCUACCGGGUUCUGUGUGGUUGGUUACGAGGCUGAGAAAGACGCCUCACGGAUUAAGAUUAAAACGACAAUCGUAUACUUUAUGUGAUUGAUCUGUGAAGUGAGUGGAUUGAGAGAGUGAACAUUUAUCAGGAAUACAUUGACAUAAAUUGAGAUUAGGUAACGUGUGUGUGUGUGUGUGUGUGCGUGUGUGUGAGGGAGAUGGGUGGCUGGUAGAUAUUGGGUGAAGACCCGGAGACAAGAACCGCUGAGAUGUGAUCCGGAAGUAGAGAUAUACUUUUGGUAGUUUGUAGUUUACUUCCCCCCUUUCAGUCAUUCCCUCUCUCUGCUUCAUCCAAAUAUCCCUGUUCCGUGGAAUCCUGAAGGAAGAAUAAGCACUGAACACUCGAUGAUGCCGUGCGACGCUCACCAGAAGACACCAAAAGUUUCACCACGCACCAAGUAGACGUUAACAUCCGUGCCUUUUCCAUGACUCCUACAAAACGUGCCAUAACGUCCAGCCAGCUGUGAUAUAAUAAGGGGGAAAGAUACGGGGGGGUUUUCGCAAGUUCGAAAGAUCUUUUGAUUUUUCACUUCGAUUUCUUUUUUUUUAACUCUUGAAGACUUGAAUAAACGAGGAUGUCAACUUGCACGGACGACGACACCGGGCUUCAUAUGCAGGAGGCCCUGUCACCGGUGCAUGAGAGCCCGAUAUCACCAGCUUCCUCGUGCCUGAGCAGCCAGAAUCAAAACGAUAACGAUCAGGUUUUACUCGCAACAAUGCAACCAGUCAGUGUUAUCGAUCUCCACGAGAGCGAUCAUACGCUUCAUCACAAGUACAAUAAUCAUCACACAACGCGUCAUCAGAGCAAUCAUCACGAUGAUGAUCAGAUACAGAGGGAUGAUGAUGCUAAUGGACGCGUAAGUCCAGAAGGCAAUCCGACUAAUUUGGGCCACAAGAUGAUUGAUCUCAUUUACAAUGACGGACAGAAGACGGUUAUGUACACACAUGACAAGGAGAUUAUAUAUGAGAGUGAGGCUGAUAGGGUGCAGGUUGUGGAGUAUCCACCACCACCACCAUCACCAUCGCCACCACCAACGCCACAGGGUGUCAGGAAUAGUCUGAUUGGCACGACUCGUCAUCAGACACCAACGACACUUCAUCUGCAUCAUUAUCCGGGGCUUCAGCUGCAGCAUGACGAUGAUCUGCCGAGAGGAGUGGGUGCUGUCAACUCAGUUCCUUCUAACACUACGACCACAGUUCUUGUACUCUCUGAACUUGUUGCUGCUGAUCCGACUGCUGGGGGAGCUCCACUUGGACUGGGGACACCUUCGCUCAUUCGUUCUGGAAGACGCAGCCGUUCAUCAUCGGACUGUGAGUCAAAUGUGGUAUCCGCUGUUGAUCAGAAUUACGGUAGUGUAACAAGUCGCGAGGUAACAGUGCACGAGGACGAGGAUCCUCAGCACCACGCAGUUCAGCAUAAUCAGGACGAUACUGACGAGACACAGAAGCGGGUUGCGGCCGUGCAGGUGCAGGUGCAGGGUAUGGAGGGCGAUUGGAGGGCAUACUGCGAGCAUCCACUGUCGGUAGCAACCGCGGCGAUGCUCAAUCUCCAGCAGCAGCAUCAAGUUACUGCUGUUGCUGGACAUCCGGAUGAACAGACUGUGCCUUAUGUCUACGAGUACUAUAAAUUGCCGGACAAAUCGGCUGAUGUCAAGUUGCCGCCGUCGCAUGAAUUGUGGACUACGGGUGUAAUGGGCCAGAAGCUGCUGGUACAAGAGAGCCCAUCAAAUCGUAUUGAAAAUACCGGAGGUGAGACAACAGGUAGUGGUGAGCUUCAUCACUUCCUGCAUCAGUACAAUCAGCAAUCACCGAGCCCAAAUCAGAGUCUUCAGGGUAAUGGUGGCAGUCUACCGCUUCCUCUGAGUCCCCAAUCGUUGCGUCAUGAUGGUAAUACAACAUCGAGUGGUUUGACUGGGGUCAAGAGGGAGCCGGAAGAUCUUAGCUCGUCUCGUACAGGUCAGCAAUCCAGUAAACGGCACAAACAGGCACAACCGGAUAGUCCAACGCCACCCGGAAUGUAUCAUCAUCAUCAACUUCAGGUCCAGCAAUACGGAAGUCCCUAUGAUCCAUACUCAUCCUGCAGCCCUCGUCUUCAGUCAACGACGUACGGUACUUCAACAUCGGCGAGUGGUAAUGCCAGUGCACAGGGGAGUCUUCAUCAGGAAGGGACAGCUGUCUACGUCACGGGAGAUGCACUACCACCACUUGCAUCGUCGAGUUCCUCAGCUUUGCCCACGACAACGUCCUCGUACACUAGGUACGAGGUUGUUCCAAGCUCUUACGCUACGACGCACGCGAUAAGAUCGUCGUCUAGCAGCAGCAAAGUCCUCACUGUUGAUCUACCGAGUCCGGAUUCCGGAAUCGGGGCUGAUGCUGUCACACCGAGACAGGAUCAUCAUCCACCAACGGCGCUACAUCAGUCAUCCUUCGACUACACGGAGUUGUGCCCUGGUGGCACCACCAGCAGCACAACUGUUGUUCUCGAGAGUGGUGCUGUUAUUCAUCAUCCACCUCUUCAACUUCAGCUUCAACAGGGACACACGCAGAAUCAAGUACCACGUAGUCUUGUUGGGGCUGGCACGCCUAAUCCGAGUGCAACACCAACACCACCUAGAUCCCGUCCAUGGCAUGAUUUUGGGAGGCAAAAUGAUGCUGACAAAAUUCAAAUACCAAAAAUAUACUCAGCGUAUGGAUUUAAAUAUCAUUUGGAAUCACCCAUCAGCACAUCACAACGAAGAGAGGACGACAGAAUAACGUAUAUAAAUAAAGGUCAAUUUUAUGGAAUAACGUUGGAUUAUGUACCAGACCCGGAUAAACCUCUACUCAAGGCCGGUCAGACUGUAAAGAGUGUGGUAAUGCUCAUGUUUCGCGAGGAGAAGAGCCCCGAGGACGAGAUAAAAGCCUGGCAAUUCUGGCACGGCAGACAGCACUCAGUGAAGCAACGAAUUCUCGAUGCAGAUACGAAAAACAGCGUUGGACUGGUUGGGUGCAUCGAGGAAGUGGCUCACAAUGCCAUUGCCGUUUAUUGGAAUCCGUUGGAAUCAUCUGCCAAGAUUAAUGUAGCUGUACAGUGUCUGAGUACUGAUUUCUCAAGUCAAAAGGGAGUUAAAGGAUUGCCAUUGCACAUUCAAGUUGAUACUUAUGAAGAACCACCAUCGCCACACAGCCAUGGGUAUACGCCACCUUCACACAGGGGUUACUGUCAGAUUAAAGUCUUCUGCGAUAAGGGUGCUGAGCGAAAAACAAGGGACGAGGAGAGAAGAGCGGCCAAAAGAAAGAUGACGGCAACCGGAAGGAAGAAACUAGAUGAACUGUAUCACUCAGUGACUGAACGAAGUGAAUUCUACACUAUGGCGGAUUUGCAUAAGCCCCCCGUACUAUUUUCACCGCCUGCUGAGCAUUCAAUUGAUAAGUUUUCAACAAUGGAACUAUCUGGUUUUUACGGCGGUGGAAAUGGAGGUGGUGACACAGACACCUCAUCCCUAUCCAACGGCGAAGGUGGUGGAAUAAAAACAGGGGCCAGCAGUCCCUACCCCGGCUGCGGUCGACCAAGUCUUCCAGCGCUCAAAUUUCACAACCACUUUCCCCCGGACAAUCUGACAACCCUUCACGACAAGAAAGACUCCCUCCUGAUGCAGGUGCAGGAGCUCCAGGGGACAGUUCUUCAGAGUGUCCCCCAGGGUGCCUUAACAGCUGGUGCCCUUGUGUCGGGGGUAGGCAAUCGCCUACACCUCCAGCAUCAACAGCCAACAAAUCACCUCCGCACGUCAGACGGCGAAGAUCGCGUUAUGCUGUACGUCAGACAGGAGUCCGAAGACGUAUAUACACCCCUCCACGUGGCACCACCGACAGUUCAGGGACUGCUCAACGCUAUUGAGUCAAAGUACAAAAUUGCAUCCUCGAGUAUUAAUAAUCUCUAUCGCAAAAACACAAAGGGAAUUACAGCGAAAAUUGAUGACGACAUGAUACGCUAUUACGUCGAUGAGGAUCUCUUUCUCCUCGAAGUGAGUCACUCACCGAAUCAAGAGCACGCUAGGAAUCCGAGUAAUCCGGGAUCACCGGGUGAUCCUGACGAUCCAAACGAGUCAACAUCGAUUGGAUAUGACGUGACACUCAUCGAAUUGCCACCGGUUCAGUCGCAAUUGCCGCCACCCCCAUCGCCUAUAUCAGUUAGUCAUGGGAAUCCCCAUGCUCACGUUCACGGACACAAUCCACACAUCCACGAGGUGACGAAUACGUGAAUUUGGGGGAGUGAAAUUACUGAGUUUAUUUGUAAAUAGAGGCCAUCUGAACAGGUAGCAAUUGACGAUUGUUCGAUGAGUACUUAUGCAACGUAAUUACGAAGUUUUGAUGAUAAUGAUGUUAUGAUUAACGUUUUUGUUCGUUGUUGAAUGUAUGUUAUCUUCAUAGUUGACUGUUGAGCAUUCCUUUUCGAUUUAAGGAUAUCCAGGUAUCUUUUACAGUUUAGUACAGGUCAUACUAUCAAUUCAGCCCUUUUCAAUCGUCAUAUUUGUCAGUUAAAUUGCGCGAGAAAAAUUUUAAAAAAAUCGAGAAUAUUCAGCGUCAUUCAAAUUA